CUUUUCUUCCCUCUGGCGAGACUGAUACUGAUGCCACUGAUUGUACUGGACUCAAAAGGAAUAAAUGAUAAUAAAAGAAAGGGUGCAAGGGAAGAGUAGAUGAGUCCGCAAGAGGACGUCGUCAACCCCUUUGAUUGCUUGAUUCAGCUACUGAUGGCCUUGUUGCUGCAUUCUUCCCAAUCUGCAUGAAUCUUUCCUGAAAGAACUGCAAGAGGAUAGGUCUCGCCAUUAAGUCAAAAUACUUUUCUUAUACCGUACUCUCAAGUCCAGCACCCUCUGGUGACUGCCAGGAAAGUCAUGAAGCGACUUGAUUUCUUCUGUUCUUCAGCAUUGUUUUGCCUUCCGAAUAUUCACCAUGCUCAGUGCAGACACUCUUACUAUCCCAAGCGAUGAUAAUAACUCAUCUUUUGCGGCUACCAUAUACCAUGACAUUCCUUGCUAUACGAUAAAAAAAGGCCAGGAAAAAAAAAACGUCAGUGUGAAUCAUUCUCUCGAUGUUCCAAAGGCGACGAUGGGUUCCACGGUUAGGCAUCGCGAUGAGACAGAUGUACCAUACCAGAGAGUGGCUGUCCGGGGAUUCGGGUAAAAACCAGAGCCAGUACGUUCUAUUCUUUUCUCUGUUUUUAUAAAAGUGGCCACAGGGGAAAUUUCAGGGGUUUUUGGCCUCUGUCCUGCCUGGAUGUUUCGUAGACUUCCUCACUUCUUAGCGUCCCAGUUCGCCUGUGUACGGCUGUACCGUAGUAGAACGUGCUAUAGACUGGCGCUUAGACUUGUAGUCGUCUCCCUUGUCUGUUUCAGAGAAUAACUGUGGGCUGUGUUCUGGGAGAGUGAGGAAUUUGAUUGCUUAUUCUUCUUAUUCUUCUUCCUGCACCUGACCAGCGGUCACGACAUCGCGCGAUCCCGAUUCUUCCUCUUCUGCUUCUCUCGAUCUUCCCAACUCAGUUCAAUUUCAAUCUCCACCGUCUUACUGUCCUCCAGCCUUCUCCCCGUCCUCUGCUUGGACUCUGGUUCUCCUCUCUUUCUUGCAAUCUGACCGGUCGACCGCAUCUCACUCCUGCAGCUCUUCCCGAUCCCGCAUUCCGAGCGCUCCUUCCACUCCUGCUCCCUAUUGACGGACUCUCUGCAAGCCGUCUCCAUCCUUUGAACCCAACUAGCUUCCUGUGCCUCGACGUAUUCCGUCACCGCUAUAAUAUAUCAUAGUCGUUCUGUCUAGGCGCAUCUGCACUCUCCAGUUCGCCCCUCGACUCCUCUCUCUUCCCUCUCUCUCUCUCUCUCCUCGAGUCCUCUUCUCCUUCCCCGACUUCUUACUCCUCUCUAUGCAUGCGGCUGUUCCCCGUCCAACUGUUUCCGCCAGUUGCUGUCGAUAAUCUUCAAAGGUCAUUGGGUGGAGGAUUCCCAGUCGUUACUUAAAGUUCUAAGGUAUACAUACACAUCGCAUCGCUCGUCUACGAUUCACCUCUACAUCUUGCCGUUGGAGUGUCGGAAUGACUACGCACAGCGUGCCCGAGCAGUUGACCGCUGCGUAUUCCCCUUCGCUAGCAGGCAGGGAUUCGAUCUCGGUAUCCAGUUUUUCGAACCGGCGCUCGGCGCCUCUGAUGUUCCAUCGGAACAAUGAUCACGACAGUGACGACGGCCGUAGUAAUAACACCAGGAACGGUAGAUCUAUCGCUCGAAUACCACCGAACUUGCUGCAUUCCGCUCCGGCCUCCCCUCCUACCCCGGCUCCUAGUCCCACUCCUCACCAGAAAGCCCCGAAUUGGCCGUCUGCCGAUGACGAGGAUGAUGAUGCUUUCCUGGCCAAUGUCGGGGUUCGUUUCAACUCCCUAUCCAAUGCGACAAAGCAGAGGUUCCUGGCCGGCAUCCUCAACCUGUGCGAUAUGCAGCAGCUGAGCUUUGUUUCUGGUUACGUCGGUCCACGCCUUAGGAAGGAUCCUUUCUUGGCCUUUCCGACGGAAUUAUGUUUAAGGGUACUUUCCUUCAUUGACGAUCCGCAGACGCUGGCGAGAGCAGCUCAGGUAUCAAGACGCUGGCGCGAACUCUUAAAUGAUGACAUUACGUGGAAGAAUCUUUGCGACAAGCAUGCAUAUGUUUAUCGGAGGAUGUCGGAGGAUGGCCGUGACUUCGUCGACCCCUUUCACCCCGAUUCCUCCACAGAUAUUUCUUCGGGUAAACCGCAGAGGAAACCCAGUGGACUACAGCGGAAACCAAGUGGGCUCCAGAGGAGGUCAAAUGCGGCUGGCCAUCAGUCAUUGGAUCGCUUUCCGGAGCCGUCUACCUCUUUGUCGGCGGAAUCUCACUCGUUGCGUAAGAAUCGAACACGGGUUUUAUCUUACAGGUCGCAUUUCAAGCGGAAGUACCUAAUCGAGUCCGCUUGGAAUAAGGGUGGCCGGUGCACUCAGCGACAUACUGCACCUGACGAGGGCGUUGUCACGAGCUUGCAUCUCACCUCUAAAUACAUCGUGUUUGCUUUAGAUAAUGCGAAGAUCCAUGUUUACGAUAGAGACGGGAACAACCAGAAGACCCUGGAGGGACACGUUAUGGGUGUUUGGGCUAUGGUUCCAUGGGACGAUAUUCUUGUGAGCGGUGGUUGUGACCGGGAAGUUAGAGUGUGGAACAUGGCUACUGGGGCUGGAAUUUACCUGCUGCGCGGGCAUACGUCAACCGUGCGUUGUUUGAAGAUGUCCGAUAAAAACACGGCUAUCUCUGGGUCGAGGGAUGCCACUCUUCGUGUAUGGGACCUGGUAACUGGCACCUGCAGAAGUGUGCUGGUUGGACAUCAAGCCAGUGUUAGGUGUCUUGCGGUCCACGGAGACCUUAUUGUUUCCGGGAGCUACGAUACUACCGCACGCAUUUGGAGCAUCUCUGAGGGCCGUUGUCUACGUACGCUGUCCGGCCAUUUCAGCCACAUCUAUGCUGUUGCUUUUGAUGGGAAACGAAUCGCGACAGGUAGUCUUGAUACGAGUGUACGGAUCUGGGAUCCGUGUACAGGUCAGUGCCAUGCUAUUUUACAAGGCCAUACAUCGCUUGUGGGACAAUUACAGAUGCGCGGCGACACACUUGUGACCGGGGGCUCGGACGGUUCCGUUAGAGUCUGGUCGUUGGCUAGAAUGGCGCCUAUACACCGACUAGCUGCUCACGAUAAUAGUGUGACAAGCCUCCAAUUUGACAGUACUCGCAUCGUCAGUGGCGGUAGUGAUGGCCGUGUCAAAGUCUGGAGUCUCCAAAGUGGUCAACUUCUCCGGGAGCUAUCCACACCGGCGAAGGACGUCUGGAGUGUGGCAUUUGAGGAGGAGAAAGCUGUGAUCAUGGCGAGCAGGUCUGGUUGUACCGUCAUGGAGGUCUGGUCUUUCUCCCCGCCGCCGGAUGAUAGUACGGAUGAUUCGGUGGUUGUUGAAAGUGCUUCUAGCACUCCAGCUCUCGGCCCGGCGAAGGGGGUCGAAAAUGAUUUCCCAGUGCAUCGCAGAGAACACUUUUCAGAGCCGCCUCCGACUAUACCACGAAGCGACGACGAUGACCAGUUGAUGCAGGAUGCGCCUUUGUCUUGAUGCUUCGUGUGCUAUGCGAGGCUGUUGAGACGUGCGCUCAAGUGUUCCUUGCCGAGGCUGGUCCUGCAUCCGCGAUUUGGUAAUAUAUACUUUUCCUUUUGGCUGUUUGCCGCAUGAAUUGGCCAUUGGAGUUACUUCGGAGUACGGCUAGAACUCUAUCUAAUCUUGAUUACGCAGUCAGCUGUAGAAACUUUUGCAUAUUUGGUAUUGGAUUAUUAUUCAUGUCAUCGCAGCCAUAUCCACCACAAGGGUUGAAUGGCACUACGGAGUUGCAAUUAGAGAUGGCAACUGCUGGGAGUUUAUAUAUUGAGUUUGGUGUUUUGAGGGUUUAGAUGAUACCCGCAUGGGGAGGUGACGGCUGGAUAUAUGAUCAUUAUAUGGUUUCCUUCUACCUCUUACUACUUUUUGUCACACGUUUCUUUUGGCCUUUAGGUAUUUUUCUUUUUUAUAAAGGCAAGAGGAGCGACCCAGCGGCUUUGGAGAGUCACAUCUUCUCUCUUAUCGUCAUAAUGACAGUUGCAGGUUUUGCUUGCACCGUAUCCCUUCAUGCUGAAUCUUCUAAAUGCCUCAUUUCAUCAUCGAGUAACUGGGAUCAUCGUGAGACGUAAAAGCUACGACUGCCGAUGGAUUCCCGGAACCGAGACUCGAGUUGGAUGAUUCAAAGCCAAAUCUAUCAAGUUGACCUCUAUCACGUCCCGCUGUCAGCAAUCUACACCAAUGUCCACACGGAAUUAGAUUUUAUCGAGGCCAAUUACGAGACAUUUACCACAGGAGGGUGCAGUAUAUUGCGGCCAUGCGUGUCUCUGACACGGAUUUUGAGCAAUUUGAUAGAGAACACAAGUUUCUUCGUCUCCGUUUCAUGACAAUUCGCUUUUCAGGGCAAGAUAUCAUGAUGCGAAAUUCAAGCAUACCCUCCACUUCACUGGGGGCGAGAUCCUCCUAGAACAAUUCCUUUGAAAAUGUCACGGGCUUGGAACAAAGAAACAUGCUCAGACCCCAGGUCUUAUCUGGUGGGCUGAAGAUAGAACCAGACAGGCCUUUCCUUCCUCGUCCCACCGGACACGUUAACGGCUAUCCAUCCUUUGUCGUUGGAGUUGGAGAUGUGAAUCCUCUCUGCAACUUACAAACACAUGCGUGUUUGUGGUUGGAUAAUACCCAUGGCUUGACAAGAGUUGUCCUCAUAUUAGCCAUCAGUGAAUCAAGCCCGGAUAUAUCUUUUGAUAGAUAGAAAUAUCGGGACGCCAUAGAAUGAGUGCAUCGGUCUCAGUUAACUAUAGAGCCGAAAGAAGUAUCAUAGAUGCACCCAUGACUUUCCCAUUAAGACUCAUUUUGAUCAAGUAGCUUUGGCGCAGACUACACUUACCUAGUGCAGUGUAUAUAUUCUUUC